CAACCCUCACACCUGCCCUCCCUCCCCGGCCCUGCAGGUCUCGGCGCGGAAGAUGGCCGGCGGCGUGGACGGCCCCAUCGGGAUCCCGUUCCCCGACCACAGCAGCGACAUCCUGAGUGGCCUCAACGAGCAGCGGACACAGGGCCUGCUGUGUGACGUGGUGAUCCUGGUGGAGGGCCGCGAGUUCCCCACGCACCGCUCGGUGCUGGCGGCCUGCAGUCAGUACUUCAAGAAGCUCUUCACGUCGGGGGCCGUGGUGGACCAGCAGAACGUGUACGAGAUCGACUUCGUGAGCGCCGAGGCCCUCACGGCGCUCAUGGACUUCGCCUACACGGCCACGCUCACCGUCAGCACGGCCAACGUGGGCGACAUCCUCAGCGCCGCCCGCCUGCUCGAGAUCCCCGCCGUGAGCCACGUGUGCGCCGACCUGCUGGACCGGCAGAUCCUGGCGGCCGACGCGGGCGCCGACGCCGGGCAGCUGGACCUCGUAGACCAAAUCGAUCAGCGCAACCUCCUCCGGGCCAAGGAGUACCUCGAGUUCUUCCAGAGCAACCCCAUGAACAGCCUGCCCCCGGCGGCCGCUGCCGCUGCCGCCUCCUUCCCGUGGUCCGCCUUCGGGGCCUCUGAUGACGACCUGGAGGCCACCAAGGAGGCCGUGGCUGCUGCCGUGGCCGCCGUCGCCGCCGGCGACUGCAACGGCUUGGACUUCUACGGGCCAGGCCCCCCGACAGAGCGGCCCCCGGCCGGGGACGGGGACGAGGGUGACAGCAACCCGGGGCUGUGGCCGGAGCGGGACGAGGACGCCCCCACCGGUGGCCUCUUCCCGCCGCCCGGGGCCCCUCCAGCCACGGCCACGCAGAACGGCCACUACAGCCGGGGCGGGGAGGAGGAGGCAGCCUCGCUGUCGGAGGCGGCCCCCGAGCCGGGUGACUCCCCGGGCUUCCUGUCGGGCGCGGCGGAGGGCGAGGACGGGGACGGGGCCGACGCCGACGGACUGGCGGCCAGCACGCUGUUGCAGCAAAUGAUGUCGUCGGUGGGCCGGGCGGGGGCGGCAGCGGCGGGCGACAGCGACGAGGAGUCGCGGGCGGACGACAAGGGGGUCGUGGACUACUACCUGAAGUACUUCAGCGGCGCCCACGACGGCGACGUCUACCCGGCCUGGUCGCAGAAGGUAGAGAAGAAGAUCCGGGCCAAGGCCUUCCAGAAGUGCCCCAUCUGCGAGAAGGUCAUCCAGGGCGCCGGCAAGCUGCCGCGGCACAUCCGGACCCACACAGGCGAGAAGCCCUACGAGUGCAGCAUCUGCAAGGUCCGAUUCACCAGGCAGGACAAGCUGAAGGUGCACAUGCGGAAGCACACGGGCGAGAAGCCGUACCUGUGCCAGCAGUGCGGCGCGGCCUUCGCGCACAACUACGACCUGAAGAACCACAUGCGCGUGCACACGGGGCUGCGGCCCUACCAGUGCGAGAGCUGCUGCAAGACCUUCGUGCGCUCCGACCACCUGCACCGGCACCUCAAGAAGGACGGCUGCAACGGGGUGCCCUCGCGCCGCGGCCGCAAGCCGCGCGUCCGCGCCGGACCGCACGCCCGGGAGCCGCUCCGUGUCCAGACCCCAUAUCUCGAGACGCAUAUGCAGACCCACACGCGCGGCGCGCCGCCGAAUCUAGAUAGUGCUUUCUCGGGGGGCCCCCCACCCCGCCCCAGGGUCUCGGGGCUCGGCGUGGGCCCGAUCGGGGGGCCCCGGGUGGCUGUCCAUUUCCUCCCUCGCUGGUUUCUCCGAGUCUUCGAGACAAGACCUUAA